CCGGCUGGCAUUCGGUCUUGCCAUCUGCCUUGCACCCGCUCUCCUCUGCUGCACGCGUGCCUAACUUUUGGGGAGACCGGGGCGCGCCUCGCGACUCGAGGCCGGCUCUUCCUGGCUGAGCCCUGAUGGAUUUGCGUCCGUCCGAAGAUUGGCUCCGCCGCCGCAUCGCAAAAGAAACGCGCUGCCUUCCUUCCUUCAAUUCUCACCCAUCAACCACGUAGUCAACCAGCGAUGGCAUCGCGAACGCCCAUCUAUGAUGCGCUAGCCAGCCUUGGCCCGGCAUCGGUCCCCCGCUCCCUGGUCAUCUGGGACCCUCCCGCGACUCCCCUCUCGACGAUGACUUCGGCCUUUGCUGCGAUUGCUACCUACCUCGCCGUCCUCUAUGGCGGGUCCACGAUUAUGAAGGGCAGGCAGCCCUUUGGGUCCAGCUUGAAAUUCCCUUUCCUCGUCCACAAUAUUGCGCUUACCAUCGGAAGUGGGCUGCUGCUGGCUGUGAUGCUCGAGGAGAUCAUCCCUAUCCUCCGACAUGGAGGAUUCUUCUACGGCAUCUGCCACGAAGCGGCGUGGACUUCGCGCCUCGAGACAUUCUAUAUUAUCAACUACUAUUUCAAGUACUGGGAGCUCAUCGACACCGUCUUCCUCGUCCUCAAGAAGAAGCCACUGCAGUUUCUGCACGUCUACCAUCACUCGGCGACUGCGCUCCUCUGCUUCUCGCAGCUCCAUGGCAAAACGUCGGUCUCGUGGUUCGUCAUUGUGCUCAAUCUGGCCGUUCACGUGGUGAUGUACAUGUACUACGCAGCAUCGACUCUACGACUCCGUUUGCCUUGGAAGAAGGCCGUUACCAUCCUCCAGAUCAGCCAAUUUUUCGGAGCCAUCGGCGUUUGCGUAUUCGCAGCUUACAGCCAUUGGUCCUCUAAAUGGGGAUUGUCGAGACAUGGAGGCUGUGCUGGGAAGGAGUACGCUGCGGUAGCUGGCGUAGUCUGCUUGACGAGCUACCUGUUCCUCUUCCUCGGCUUCUAUGCCAAGACGUACAAGAAUGAUGGCAAGAAGGGCGGCAAGAAGGUCGUGGCGAAUGGUUCCGCAGCCAAUGGCCACGCAAAGAAGCGGUGAAGCGUCGAGAGGGAGCAGGAUGCUGGGCGUCGUCCGAGGAGAUGAAGAGGGAGGCCGCGGCGACUCGUGCGGGAGCAUUCAUCGUAGAGGGGUCACCUCAGAAUAACGCGGUACUGCGGUCACGUCAGGCAUACACGUUUUUCGUACCAUCUAGACGGCUCCUUUGGCAAUGAGAACAGUUGCAGCGAGAGCGGACAUGUAGCCAAAAUCUCGAGAAUUGCUUCUCACCAGACACAGCCUGACAAAAGACCAG